AUGGUUGACACACCUCCUACGUGGAAAGACAGAGCUGAAUCUUAUAAAAGAGCCGAAACAAAAUGGAACCGAAAAGCUUCCCCAGAUUUAGCCCUAAUUAGCGAGAUUUGUCGGGAAAGUUCGAUUCCCGCCUUAGAAGCAGGUUUAUUAGCCCUAGUACCACUAGCUCAGCACAAUCAACUUGGAGGUAAAGAGAAAGAUGUCUUAACUCUUCUCUUUAAACAGAUCAAUACGACUAAGCCGAGUAUGAAAGCUUCAAUUAAGAAGAUCUUUAACUAUUUAGCCCAAACAAAUGCCGAAUUACUAGUCCAGUUAAGUAUUAGCCCAAUUACAGGCAAGAACCCGAAAGUAGCCAGUGAGAGUCUUAAAGUCUUAGUAGAGUCACCAACUGAAGAGACUCUUCCUUAUCUUUUUGAGCAUAUUUUACCUUUAGCUGCUUAUCUCUUUGCCCAUGGCACAGGUAGUGUUAGAGAAGAAGCCACGCGUCUCUUCCAAAUUCUAGCCGAGAAGGACCCCGAACGAGUUGAUGAGGCCACCCAAAUGCUCCGACCGGUUCAAGUCAAAGAAAUCUUCCAACCUCGAGUUGUCCAAGCAACUACUGCGUCAUCUGCAGCAGCAACUACUACUGCGGCAUCUACAUCUACUAAUCCAACUACUACUACUGCAUCAUCUACCAAUCCAAUACCACCUCAAACCACCCCAACUACUACUACGUCAUCUACCAAUUCAAUUCCACCCCAAUCUAAUCCAACCACAACUACUACAUCUCAACCCAAUCCAAUCCCACCACAACCCAACUCAAUACCAUCUCAAUCCAAAUCUACUUUGGCGAGUAAACCCCAGAAGAUAAUACCACUACCUAAUAACUUCUUUGAACGGUUUACAGCUACAGAUUGGAAGGAGAGAUUAGUCAGUGAAGAACUAAGUGAUUUAUUAGGAGAUAAAGGUGAUAAGACUCUUUCUCCAGUUGAUACAGUUGCAGUUAUUGAUGCGGCUUUAAAAAGAGUUACAGAGAGCAACAUUAAGGUCUUUAUUGCCGUACUGAGUGUAAUUAGGAAGUGUUUGUCGAAGAGUGUUCCAGAAGGACUGGUUAAGGAGUUGAUUAAGAAGAUGGGUAAGCGGUUGAAGGAUAAAAAAGAACAAGUUUAUCAGGCAGUUGGUUUAGUGAUUAGUCGGGCCUUAGAGGUUUAUUUUGUAGCUAGUUUUGAUGAGGUAGUGUUGUUGUUAAAGACGGAAAAGUCAUCAAGAUCUCGUAUUUUGCCUAUCUUAAUUACUGCUUUAGAUAAUGUUCAAGAAAGUGAUAUUAGUCGUAGUGAAGUUCUUCCUUUGAUUAUUGAGUGCUGUAAUGAGUCUAGUCCAGAAACUCGUAAUUUAGCUGCUGCUGCUUUAGCCCUGAUCUUUUGUAAACGAGGUGAUCCUUCAUCCCUAGCGGAAAUAGAAGCAUUAGGAGUUGAACGGAUGGUAGCACAGAAGGCCUUAGCUCGAUUGGACGAACUAUUCCAACAAAAAGAAGCUGAGAUAACUCAGAUAGUAGAUUCACUUUGUGAAGAGAUCCGGAAUACUACUAUUACUCAGGACCAAGCACCUAGUCCAGCUAUUCCAGCUACACCGAUCAAAAUGCAUCCAGCUAAUAACAAUGAAAUUGAAUCAAGUCCUCUUAUCACUCGCGCCCAAACUCCAAUUGGAAUUGCUUCUACGCCUCUCAAUACAACGCAAUACCAAACUAAUUCUACUCCACCUAACUCCAGCCAUCCUAAUCACACUAUCCCACCAAAUUCAACCCACUCCAACCCAAUACUAACCCACUCCAACCCAAUACUAACCCAAGAAGCUCUCAAUAACUGUCCAGGACCUUAUAAUAACUCAAUUCCCUGUACUUCUAUUCUGGCCUUUAUUGAAUCGGGUUAUCUUAUUCCAGUAGAAAUAACAGAACUAGUGGAUAGAUUGGGCCGAGAUGCAAUGGCUGAUAUUCGUAUUAUAAGUAUUCUCCAACACGUUGGUAUUCCAGAAGGUGAGCUAAAACGAGUGGCAGAUAAACUAGCUACUCUGACUUGUGCUGAUGUACAAACUAAAGUGCAAAUAGAAGCUUUGCGAGCGCGAAUAGAACGAGCCUUAGGUGAACGCACUCUUUUUGAGGAGAAAUGCGCUCGAGCAGCUCUGAUGGAGAAACUUGCAACGGGUUUAGCCGUUAGUGAAGAGGAAAUCCUUAACGUACUGACUUCUUUAUCACGACGGUCACUUAUUCUGCGAGAAGAUGAAGCUAGACUAGUUAUUCAGGCGGCAGUCCAAGCUGAGUAUCGCCGGAUUCCCGAGAUAAUGGAGACUAUUUUUCCUCUAUCAAAAACCUUAUCUAUUUGUACUGAACUAGCUACUGAUAUGCCCGGGGCUCUAUCUUUCCUCUUAUCUCUAGUGGAGAAGUGCCAAGGUCUUUCUUAUGCUCCUAUUGAGAAGAGUCUCGCCCAGCCGGGCUUUAUUGCUCUUCUGGAGCGCAUUAAUACGCCAACGGCCUGGAAGAUCUUAGGACUAGUUAAAACAGGCUCAGUGCCACCAACGGCUUCGCCCUGUCCUAAAAGAUUCCGAGCAGCCCAGGAAGAUAUAGAUAUUAAUGGUUUACUUAAUGAUAUUAUAGAUCAAGAUACAGAGAAGGCUAAAUCAUCUUUAGAACGUUUAGAUCUAGCUACUACUGAUAAUUUAACUAGUUUAAUUGAAAGUGCCUCUACCUUGGUCAAUGUCUUACUUCUGCAAUUAAAUGAUGUUCUCUCCUCAGGAGUAAAUACGCAUCCUAGUACGGCAGUUAUUCUACGGAUUUUAAAACGAGUAGGGGCCAGUGAACGGUUCUUAGCCGCCCUUGAUGCAGGUACUUUACUUAGCUUAACUUCUGAUUAUAUCAUGAUUGUCACGGGACAGAUGCCACGAGGACUACCAGCACCAGAAAGUAUUCGUAAAGAGUGCGGUGAAUCUCUUAUCAAAAUAUGUACGACUGGUCCAUGUGCAGCUAUGUUCAAGAUCUAUAUGACUUUGCUUAGUAGUCGGUAUAAAGAAGAGAAAGUCCGUGAAGUUUUGGUCAAACUAGUUUGGAAGCACUCAAAGGUUUCUAUUGGGUUCUUAGGGGACAAGAAAAUAGUUACUUCGCUUAUUGCUAGUCUGAAUACUUUCUAUAGUACAGUUAAGGGUGAGGUAACUAGUGAUCCGUUGAUUUCUAAGGUUCUGCAUUUACAUCUGAUUGAGAUUCUUAAGUACUAUGGCGAGGAGUUCGUGCGGCUUUUCAAGGUUUCCGGUCCCGUUCUUACUCAAAUUCAAAGUCUAGCCGGAUAA